CCUGAUUUCUUAGAAGGGUAGGAUGCAGUGACCUCAAUGAGACUUCCCAAAGGCGCUGUCAUCAGUGCUUAGGAAUUUGGGAAUACCACAAUCUAUAUGGGAAAAACAGCUGCUACAUUUCUUAGAAGUGAGAGAGAGUACAAGUGUGUGACUCGGUCCUCCCAAAUUAAGCAGCUUGGCACCAAGGAGAGGAAGGUGCCCUUCACUUUUAACCUGCUGAAGAAACAAGGGGAAGUCAACAGCAGCGCAUGAGCAGGAGGUGGCACCUCGCAAGCGGAGCAACACCCAGAACUCUGUGAUCUCAAGUGAGGCCCACAUGCAUUGCUGGCAGAGGGGGUGUGCCAGGUCUCUGCCUCAAGAUCUUCUGUCCCCGCAGCUUAAAGAGUUUGAUCAAAGUCACCUCCCGUCUUGCUUUCUUAAGGACACGUGGCUUUAAAUUAAUUCAUAGGCAGCAGCGUACUCCCUUAGGUUCCUGAUUUUGAACAUCAGAUUCUGUUAUUCUCUCGAAACAAAAGCUUGUUAACAUCUCGAUCAUCUUAACGGUAUAAAAAAGAUUACAGAUUUUGCUCGCUUGUCCUCCAGAAGCGCAUCCCUGUCCAAACUUAAGUCAACCAUGUUUAGCUUUAGCACUGGUGAGUAAGUGAAAAUGCAGGAGAUGUAAGCACGCAUCCGUCCAGCGAAACUGUUUACAUUCCAUAGCUGGGGAUUCUUUUAUUUUUUCUUUGCUAUUGUGCUGUGCAGCCUUUUUGCCUGUUCUCAUUUGCCAUGACGUGGUCAGUGCAGUUUCCUUCCGGCUGCUCGCAAGCCUGUGGUCGAGAUAAGGAUACAUUUACAGCUCGUUUUUAAAAAGAAGCUGAAGAUCUGCUUCAUGUAGAGUCUUGGGGACUCUUUGGCCCGUAUGAGGAAUUUAUUGGCUGUUUUUCUGUUGUGAACCGUGGGAAUCAAGAUCAAGGGCAUUUCUUUCGCUGAAGAACAGCCCUGCAGAAUUGGAACUGUGUGUGAGGCAGAAAGGUGAUACGCUCGAGGUAUCCUGCAGCUUGGUAGAGAUAAACAGCUGUCCACGUGGGAGAAACAACUCAGGAAAGAAUUUUCCUUGGUUUCUUUGAGAAGGACCCAGGAACGCUGAUGAUCUAAGAACUACUGAAACUGCCACUUGGUUCAUUCUGUGAUCCUGCCUUUCUGCCCUGCUGCACCCUGGUGACACUGUCCAUUCUUUUCCAUUUGAGAACAUUUUUCUUCUUAUGUGGAGCUGAGAGCUGGGAAUGCGUUAUUAUGGCAGCAGUUGUACAGCAGAAUGAGCUUGUGUUUGAAUUUGCCAGCAACGUCAUGGAGGAUGAGCAGCAGCUUGGUGAUCCAUCCAUCUUCCCUGCUGUCAUCGUGGAACAUGUCCCUAGUGGAGAUCUCCUAAACAACUAUUCUGGCUUAACCUGUGUGGAUGAGCCCAGUGACAUGAUCACUGAGAAUUCUCUAGAUGUUGCAGAGGAACAAAUCAUCGAAGAUGAUGAUAUCCCCCUCACAGGUUUGCAAUACAAUUUUUUUUCUGCCAUGCUUUUGCAACAAGAUGGUUGUGGCUAGCAGUGAGGAAAAGCC